AUGUCUGGACCUAUGUCACCCCAAGAGGCUUUUGCUAUUAACGCAGCUGCCGCUACACGUAAUUAUGGGGUCAACCCAAGAAUCAACUACAACACGGUAGCUGGUGUCAACGGACCUUUGGUUAUUCUAGAUGGUGUCAAAUUUCCUCGCUACAAUGAGAUUGUCAACCUCACCCUACCAGAUGGAAGCAAGCGCGCCGGUCAAGUUUUGGAGGUCCGUGGUAGCAGAGCUGUCGUCCAGGUCUUCGAGGGUACCUCCGGCAUCGACGUACGCAAAACAACCGUAGAAUUCACAGGACAGAAUCUUAAGAUCCCUGUUUCGGAGGAUAUGCUGGGUCGUAUCUUCGAUGGAUCUGGUAGAGCUAUUGAUAAGGGUCCCAAGGUUUUUGCAGAGGAUUAUCUAGAUAUCAACGGAUCCCCCAUCAACCCAUACUCUCGUGUCUAUCCCGAGGAAAUGAUCUCUACUGGUAUCAGUACUAUCGACACAAUGAACUCUGUCGCUCGUGGUCAGAAAAUCCCUAUCUUCUCUGCUGCCGGUCUUCCUCACAACGAAAUCGCUGCCCAGAUCUGUCGUCAAGCAGGUCUCGUGAAGCGUCCCGGAAAUACCAAGGGUGUCCAUGAUGGUCACGACGACAACUUCUCAAUUGUCUUUGCGGCCAUGGGUGUCAACUUGGAGACCAGUCGUUUCUUCACACGUGACUUCGAGGAGAACGGUUCUUUGGAGAAGGUUACUUUGUUCUUGAACUUGGCAAAUGAUCCUACUAUCGAACGUAUUAUCACGCCUAGAUUGGCAUUGACAACUGCGGAGUACUUUGCCUACCAGCUAGAGAAGCACGUCUUGGUCAUUCUUACCGAUCUUUCUGCCUAUUGCGACGCUCUUCGUGAAGUCUCUGCUGCCCGUGAAGAGGUGCCAGGUCGUCGUGGUUACCCAGGUUACAUGUACACGGAUUUGUCUACCAUCUACGAGCGUGCUGGUCGUGUCGAGGGAAGAAAUGGAUCAAUCACUCAAAUUCCUAUCUUGACAAUGCCUAACGAUGAUAUUACCCAUCCCAUUCCCGAUUUGACUGGUUACAUUACGGAGGGUCAGAUCUUCGUCGACAGACAGCUACACAACCGUGGAAUUUACCCCCCUAUCAAUGUUCUCCCCUCGCUCUCCCGUCUCAUGAAAUCUGCUAUUGGCGAGGGUAUGACACGGAAGGAUCACAGUGACGUAUCCAACCAGCUCUACGCGAAGUACGCCAUUGGACGUGAUGCUGCCGGUAUGAAGGCUGUCGUCGGAGAGGAGGCCUUGUCCUCUGAGGAUCGUUUGUCGCUUGAGUUCUUGGAGAAGUUUGAGAGGACCUUCGUCGCACAGGGAGCAUACGAGAGCAGAACUAUCUUUGAGUCUCUAGAUUUGGCAUGGAGCUUGCUCAGAAUCUACCCCAAGGAGCUGCUCAACAGAAUCCCAGCCAAGGUCAUCAACGAGUUUUAUGCCAGAAGUGGUGGCGACCGCAAGGGCAAGGGCAAAGCAAAGGAGAGGGAGGGCAAUAAGGACACGAGAGAUAAUUCCGGAGAAGGUCCUGCUGAGGAGGAGAAUCUUAUCGAGACCUAG